AUGGAUGACGAACUCUGGGGCAACGCAUGGGGCUCAACGACCGAUACGAAAGCAACUACGACCAAAGAUUCUGUCUCACCUAACCUUACCCCUAAAUGGCCGGCUAAAGCUGUACCGACUCCUGGACUUUCUGAUGGAUGGGGAGCAUCUCCCUGGGGUGCUAGUACGACGAAUGUCAACUUGAACGAUUCCGAAGGCGGCUGGGGAGAUAGCCUAGAGUACGACAAUCAAGCGCCUCAACCCGUUGAAUCUUAUACUGAGUCUGUUGUUGUCCUUGAACCCAAGGAGGAGUCGGAACCAGAGCUUGAGCAAGAAGUCUACUUGUCUUCAGUAGAUCAUCAAGCGGAUAUUCCACACAGUCCUCUUCCGACUUCUCCCCCACCAGAAAGCCACACGACGACAACCGACUCCCGUUCCUCGUCGCCUGUACAUAGGUUCUCAACCGACGAACCAGCUCAGGAACCACCUGUCACACCACGUGUUACUGAGGUUGUUGUUCAGCCAUCUCCCCCUCAACCCGACCUGGACGACAACUUUGGUGGAUUUAGAACAGGAGAUGAGUCCCAGUUGCGUGUAACUACAAACCCGGAGGAAGAUCCCUGGAGCCCUGCUGCUGGCGAUCUUACCUUCCCCACCACAAUACACGACUCUUCGCAGGUGGAAGCUGAACCAGUAGCGGAUGGAGAUGCAUGGGGCUCAAAUUGGGAGCCCAAGCAGGAGAAACAAGAGAAACCGUUAGACGAGUGGGAACAGGCGCGAAUAAAGAAAGAAAGAAGAGAUCGUAGAGUUCCUCCUGAAGUGCUUUCUGGUUACUUGACCAACUGGGAUGAGCCAACCACUGAUUGGCGAUCGCCGAUAGAGGAAAUUUCCGAACUGCAAAUACUACGCAAACUAUACCGGCUUCCUAUGUUAGCUACGACCCUAUCUUCUCCGCCGCCUGUUCUUGCCCCGUUACCUCCUUACAACUCUUUACAAAUCCACUCCCGUGAACGAGCAGCACUCAAGGCAACUCGCGUUUCAGCUGUUUCUCAACUCAGCCCAUUCGCGCAUUUGACAUCGGCUCGCUCAAUUCAAGCAGUACACCGCUUUUCGUCUAAACCUAGCGUGAGCAUUUCUAAAUCUUCUCUCGACUUUGGCGAUGGCGUGGUCGGUGUCGGUUGGGCGUGGGCCCACGAUGAAAAAAAGUCUGAAUCAAAGCCAAAAUCUGCUCCAAUCCCGGCACCAGUCACCACUACUUCAACUACAACCGUUGUUUCCUCGACACCUUCGCCGACACCCGCAACGCCUACAGGUCGUUUUUCAGGCUUUUGGGCACGAGCGCGAGGUAGCACUGAUAAAUCAAGCGUGGGUCAGGGCUCGCGUUCUAAUACGCCCGUUCCCUUGACAUCCCCAUCCACCUCGUCAUUAGGCGAGGCCACGAAUAGCACAAAACCAAUCGAAACUUCUGCAGUGGAAACUUCUUCAGCUUCCACUCAACCUCAACCAGUUGAAUCACCAACCCCACCUCCAGCAUCGUCAGGCGUAUCCAGGUUUUUCAAGCGAUUUUCGAGGUCGAAUCUAGCCGAGUCUGAACGCUCGCGUCUUGCUGCAUCGGAAUCUGUGUCACUCUCUGCGGAGGAUCUCGAGUUUUUAGCCGAUUCUGUGCCAGAGACAACGGAGAAAAGUCUGCUUGGCGGGGCCACUGAAAUUGACGCACUUGAAGCCAUGCUAAGGAGCAAACCUCUACCGAAAAAUGUACCCGCACUCGCACCUCCUCCGAGGAUGACAGGGCCCUCUAGUGGUUCUCCAUCGCCCCUUGCCAGUGUCCCCGAGGGUCACUCUGCCGGAGUGGAUGAUCUAUGGGAUAUAUUCGGUGGAUCAUCCAAUGGCCAUUCGAGUAAUCCAUCUCUUCCAGCGCCUCACAGAGCAUCUCUCACUCCUAAGCUUACUACACCCGUCAGCUCAGCUCCAGGCUCGCGUAGUCAUACUCCCCGCCUUCCCUCCAUCGCGGACAUUUCAACUAUCGUAGGUGGGAAAGGAUCCCAUCUUCGACAGACUUCGUUCUCGGGUCGCCCACAACAGGCAUUCCACGCAGAUGUACCUUCCCUGGAUUCGCCGCCUAUACCUGCGCUCCCUCCACCACCUGGCUCCAUGGCUGCUCCAUCGCUCAUGGAAGUGGAUCCAUUUGAUGACUUUGUGGUGUCUUUUGAUGACUUUGGUGAUUUCGAGUCCUCGGCCCCUGUUUCUGUACAAGCAUCGAACAUUAGCUCCCCUCCCCCUCUGACGAUCAGUUCCCCUCCCGUUACGAUCUCGAGCAUCACAUCGCCUCCUCCCAUCACGUUCAGCUCACCACCCCCACCUUUACCUCCGCCCAAAACGGGAACGCCGGUGUUUGUGCGUACAAGUACAAACAUUCAACGGGUUGGCACUCCACCUGUUGCACUACCUCCGCUUCUACCCCCACCUGGUCGCUCGAAUUCUUCCAUGACCAAUGCUUCGUUUACGGCGACAUCCGCCCCUGUUAUCGCACCUCCUCCAAACCCCCUGCCUCAACCUCAAAUAGAUCUCUUCGAUUUCGGAUCCUCGCCUCCUAAAAACGUGUCCGUUCCAACGCCAUCUUUCGCUCAAACCUCAAAACCAACCACUACCGCACCCAGCAAAGGAGGACUUUCCGCAUCUGAUCUCAGUUUCUUCGAGGGUCUCUAG